AUGAGCAAUGGAUCAGAAAUGCCAGGGGAGUUCGACGAUGAGAGCUACGACCUCACACAGGCCCCAGAAGAAGUUGGCCCCCUCGCAACGCUGAGCCCAAGGCUACCCAAUACCCAAUGGAAGGCUUCAUCCCGGACAGUGGAGGAGACACUAGCCCAAGGUCUAUCCAAUGAAGACCUGUGGAUGUUGAUCCGAAGGUUCGACAAGCAAAUCUACCAUGUGAAAGCCGUCCAGGAUGCGAAAGAGAAGAUCGAUCUAAACCGCACGGAGAACGAACAGUUUCCACCUGAGAAACUGCGCAUGACAUUGGAGAGGUUCUACACGUCGGUGAUAGUGGGAGUCACCGAGUUCUUCCGACAUAUUACUCGUUUGCGAUCAUGGAAGGAGCCUGUUCGAACGAGCGCGUUCUGUGGCGGAUAUUUCCUUGCCUGGGCGGUUGAUCUGUUGGUCCCGACAAUCUUGGGACUGAUUGUCGCCUUGAUAAUGGUUCCCCCGGUUCGGGCAUGGCUGUUCCCCGCUCGAGUAAAGACAGAAGGCGACAAGAUGGCAAGUGGGAGUGGUAGUCCGACCGAGCAGCCUGCAUCGGAAGACAGUCUUACUGGUGCCCCCGAGAACCACAAGGGUGAAGCGGCUGAACAGGAGGCCAAGAAUUUCGUGGACAGCUUUGCUACCGUUGCCAUGGAAAGUGCAGCCGCCAAAUAUGGCCAAACAGUGACGGAGGAUGAACCAGAUAGGCCUGCGAUCACUGACGGCCUGGAAGCCGCCGAGGCUGCUGCGGAGAAUCGCACCGAUGACGCCCCAGAAGACAAGACCAAGAAGCCAAUGAAGAAGAAGGUUUCGCAUGCGACAGACCAGGUGAUGCGUAUAUUGAGUGAUAUUACCGACAUCUACGAAAAAUUUGCCAACCUGCUUUCUCCCACACCACCAUUUUUCUUGGUCGCAUCUAGGCUGAGACUUGCGAGCAUCUUCACACUCAUCUCGGUCGUUGUACCAUUUACAUCUAGCUAUUGGAUCAUCAAGUUCGUUGGUUUCGGAGUUGGACUCGGCUUCUUCGGCGACCCAAUCUUCGCCCAUACACUUGACCUACUCAAUACCAAAAUCCCGAACUGGAAGGAUCACAUGGAUAUCCAGAAGACGCUGUUGGCCGGCGUCCCCACAAAUGCGCAACUGACAUUGACUCUUCUGCGCAUCGGCGAAAUCAACUCUUCGCCACUACCCCCAGCCCCAGUAUCCGACGACAACGGACCAGCAUGGCCAAUUCGCCGCAAGAAAUCCCAAGCAGCGAGCACCACAGACCUCAGCACGCCGGGCUCAUCUGUGAAUCUCCAAUCAUCAGACACAAGCACGUCCACGCUAGAACCAAAGCCAAAGAAGAAGUUCAUAUUCAGACUCUUCAAGUUCUUCCGCCGGACCAUCGCAACAGCAAUCAAAGGCCACAUAGCUAUCGACCGAGCAAUGGCAAUUGCAGGCUCUGCGCAUACAAAGAACCUGAUUGGAAUGCUGCAAAAUCGCCAAUUCGGCAACACAACCUUCGGUCCUCUCAAGUUUGAUGCGAAGUUCGAACGCAAGAGAGGUGCUGUUGUUAUCGACUCGUCGAAAGAGCCUCCUAUCUUGUACUUCACCACUUAUCAGUCCGCUGGGUUAGAUGAUCUGCGCCUCGAGAGCCGGAAGAAGGGCUCUGUUCUGUUCCAGAUCCCAGUCACUGAGAUUAAAGAGUUGAAGAAGACUGAAGGAUUAGGUUGGAAAGGUAAACUCAUUGUUGAGUUGACUGCUGGAAGUAAGGAGGCUGCGGAUGGAUUGGUUAUUGGUGGUGAUGAGUUGGGCCAAUCCUAUCAUCUUACGGGUAUGAGAUCGAGGAAUCAGCUGUUCAAUCGGCUUGUUGCUAUCGAUGCCCAGUUUUGGGAAAGUCGAUAA